AUGUCAGAAGAUUGCGAACAAGAUUUAUCACAAACAUGUAAAGCCAAAGCAUGUGCUAUCCAGGAUUGUUUACAAAGAAAUGGUUAUAACGAAUCAAAAUGUACUCAAUAUAUCGAUCAAUUAUAUAAAUGUUGUAAAGAAUUUUACGAAGAAAACGGACCAGAUGCUAAAAGUGUAUGCUGUCCCAAAUUUCCAUUAUUACAACGCAAAUUAGAACAAAGAUCUUUGGGUAAAAUAGAUGCAGAAUUAAUUAGUCAAGGUAGAGGAUGA